CAGAAUCUCAGUUUCAAACCGAUCAGAGACGAAGAAGAAUCAAGUUUGUCAUCUUUCGCCAUUAAUGUUUGCUUCCAAUGUUUUCCGCUUUCUGUUUUAUCCUUAUGAUUGUCUUUAGAUGACAGUUUGAUGAAACCGAGUCAAUUUUGCGAUUGGAGGGAAGGAAUAUAGCUUCAUUUUGCAAUAUUUUAAUUUCUUGCGAAUUCAAAACAGCAACGUCACUGGAAUCCUUCGAUUUUCCCUCCUUUUCCCACGAAUUCUUCAACACCCGGAUAUCUAGGGUUUCAGUACGCUACAGAGCUUCCACUUCUUUCGGCUUUCUACUUGACUCAACUACUGGUAUUGAUUCCUUGUAGCACUGUUCCAAAAUUCUUUUAUGUUACUUCAAAAAUGAAUGAAAGCCGAUCGAAGCUCCUAUUAGUUCCGAACCAACUAGACCCUUAUGCAUUGAUGCUAUCGCAAUCGAUCGAACGAUUUUUCGAUGAAUAUCGCAAAGGGGUUACUGAUUUCUCGAGCUUCGUUCCGAUUUUCUCUCGUUUGUUGGGGAAUUUGCCCGACCCGCCGGUGGCAGUUGUGUGGUUUUCCUCUGCUAUGACGUUUCACACGGCUAAAUCCGCAGCUCGAAAUUCUUCGGAGAAAUUGCAGGCUGUUAAGGAUUUAUUCCAUCUACUCGUUUCUUGCACGGCGUCGUCCUGUGCAUCGAAGAGAAUUGCGGUGCUGGCUCCGGUUAUUUACUGUCUCUUUGGUUUGGUUGUUGAGAAUAAAACGUUGAAGGAGGAAGCUGAGAAUUUGAUCGACGGAGUUGUUAGCUAUAUCGGUAUUUGUUGUGGUCAAGAGUCCGAGGACGGCGAUUGUUUGUUGGGAUUUGGUUCUUAUUUUCUGGAUUUGGCUCGAGUCUGGAUGGUUGACAAACCUGGAGAAGAUUUGAGGGGUUUUCUCCCGCUUGUUAGCCAUGAAAUUUGUGAAGGCAUCGGUGUCAACGGCGGGGUGGGCUACUUUUCUGGGAUAGUUAUGUUUCAAGCCUUUUUGUUGAGGCUGUGCUUGAAAUUUGCCUCUCGGAUGUCAAUGGUAGAGCUGCAAAAUGAACUGCACAGCCGGGCGGUUCAAAUGAUUGCUGGGUUUCGUAGCUGUCACUUCUAUGAUACUUUCCUCAGGAUGCUGCUGCAGUCAGUUUUGCCAACCACCUAUUUGUUGGGUUCUGCAGAUGAAGUUCUUCUGCGAGAAGUGUUAUAUGACGCUGCAAUAAUACCAGAUUACCCAUUCAUUAAACUUCAAUUUGGAACUGAACGACCUGCUUUGGAUUUAAGAACUACUUGUUUGAAUUGGCUAUUUGUUGCUGAAAAUGGCAUUCGAACCUUCAGAGAAACUGGUAAUCUGAGAAAGGCUAUGUCCUACAUAAAUGCCUUCCGCAAUUCUUGUUGGCCCUCUCAGUUGAUCAAUUGGGUCAGAAACCAACCAGGCUUCAGUGAGAGGAUGAGUCAACCAAACAUCUCCACACCCACUGCUCUCAUCGAGUGGCUUCUGGUAUUGGAAAAUCAAGGGGUGAGAGUGUUCGACCAUUUGAACUCCAAGUUCAGAGCCAGAGAAAUCACUUGCAAAUCAGGAGCUGAGUUUGUAGAAGCAGCAACAAAGGUUCCGGAUGUCAGAAAUGUGAUGGAUGAAGAUGCCUCCGUUGGUGACUUUGACAUGGUUGAUUCAGUGGCUUUAGCAGCAGCACAGGGAACACCCAUGACCUUGAAUACAAACGGCAUUGGAAAUGGAAGAAAGAGGAAAGAACGCAUGAAUGACAACGGAGACACGAGGGUAAAGUUCCUUAGGAAACAUCUCCAUGACAAUCCACUUAGGGAGAAAUCUUUCCCAUUAGUUUGAUUUGGAAUCCCCAUCACUUCAAAGAUGCUACUAUAUAUAUCUAUGUAUAUAUAUAUAGGCAUCUUCUUAACUCAUAUCUAUGAUACUAUGGAGGAAUUUUGUGUCUGCUCUGUGUCAGUCAUACUCGUCCAAGACGUGUUGACUCUGCAGCCAGCCUCUCGACUUCUAACUUUUGUUAGGCAACGAUGCAAUCUUGAGAUUAGAAGCUUCGAAUCAAUUGUUUUAGGCUUUUACAUGUAGAGAUUUGAUGAGAUGAUGUUGAAGGCAAGGCCAGUAGGUUGUAAACGUGGAAAGAUUUGCCAUAAUACACAUGGUCCUGAUGAACACUUUUGCUGUCC